AUCCGGAUUGUCUGUGGCACUGUGCCAGCCUGGUGUGUGUCUUAUAGGAGUAGCCAGUAGCGCUACUCCGUGUUGCCGUUUCUCCAGUCUCCGCUCUCCAUUUCCGCCGCCGCCGCCGAGGCGACCGGUUUUGACUGGGAGAUCGGCGAGCGACAGCUUGCCCUGCCGUUUCUGAGUUGUGAGCGCGCCUCCACCUUCUCCGGUAGAGCCCACGGGUACUAAAUCCCCCCGCGUGCUCCCUCCGCCGGGGACGAUGCCUUCCGGCUCCGGCUCGGUCUCUGACCCCUUGCUCGCGCCUUCCGAUGGCACGGAGGACGCGGCGGUGGACCACUGCGGCCACUCCGCCGACCGCGGCGCCACCAGCCGCUGGAGGUCGGCUCUCUUCAUCAUAGCGGUGGAGAUCGCGGAGCGGUUCGCGUUCUACGGGGUGUCGUCGAACCUGAUCAGCUACCUGACGGGGCCGCUCGGGGAGGGGAACGCGGCGGCGGCGGCGGCCAUCAACGCGUGGAACGGGGCGGCGCAGCUGCUGCCGCUGCUGGGCGGGGCCCUCGCGGACAACUGGCUCGGCCGCUACCGCACCAUCACGCUCGCCUCGCUCCUCUACGUCCUUGGUUUAGGCAUGCUGGCCUUCUCAACCUUGCUCACCUCCGGCAGCGGCCACCAAUGCACCACCGCCGGCGGGAAGAGUUGCUCGCCGUCCACUCUCCAGGUGGCCUUCUUCUAUGUCUCCCUCUACAUCGUGGCCGUCGCGCAGGGCGGCCACAAGCCGUGCGUCCAGGCGUUCGGUGCGGACCAGUUCGACCAGAGCGACCCCAAGGAGUCCGUCUCCAGGAGCUCCUUCUUCAACUGGUGGUACUUCGGCAUAUGCGCCGGCACCGCCGUCACGCUCGUGCUCCUCAGCUACGUGCAGGACAACAUCGGCUGGGGCCUUGGUUUCGGCAUCCCGUGCGCCGUCAUGGCCUGCGCACUCGCUGCGUUCUUGCUCGGCACACGGACGUACCGCUACUACGUCUCCACCGGCAAGCGGAGCCCGCUCGCUCGUGCCGCCGAGGCUUUCGCGGCGUGGCGGAGCAGGCGGAAGGAAGGCGCUAUGCAACCGGCUUCGCAGGCACGCGAUCGAGCGACAACAGAGUCGAUGGAAUUCAGUACCAGAGUCGAUGAGGAGGGGCAGGAGGUGGUGAGCAAAGCAGGCGUCGUAGAGGAGGCCAAGGACGUCCUCCGGCUGUUCCCGAUAUGGGCGACGUGCCUGAUCUACGCCGUGGCGUUCUCGCAGUCGUCGACGUUCUUCACCAAGCAGGCGGCGACGCUUGACCGGCGCGUCGGCCAGCGGCUCAAGGUGCCACCGGCCGCGCUGCAGAGCUUCAUCAGCAUCACCAUCGUGGUGUUGAUCCCCGUCUACGACCGCGUCAUCGUGCCGCUGGCGCGCCGUUACACCGGCAAGCCGUCCGGCAUCACCAUGCUGCAGCGCAUCGGCAUAGGGAUGGCGCUCUCCCUCGUGUCCAUGGUGAUCGCGGCGCUCGUCGAGACGCAUCGGCUCAGGGUCGCGCGGGACGCAGGCCUGGUGGACAAGCCGACGGUGCCAGUGCCGAUGAGCCUGUGGUGGAUGGUGCCGCAGUACGUGCUGUUCGGCGCCGCGGACGUGUUCACCAUGGUCGGGCUGCAGGAGUUCUUCUACGACCAGGUGCCCGACAAGCUGCGCAGCCUCGGGCUGGCGCUCUACCUCAGCAUCUUCGGCGUCGGCAGCUUCAUCAGCAGCGCGCUCGUGUCAGGCAUCGACAGGGUGACGACGGCGAAGGGGCGGAGCUGGUUCACCAACAACCUGAACCGCGGCCACCUCUACUACUUCUACUGGCUGCUCGCCGCGCUCAGCGCUCUGGAGCUCCUCGCCUAUGUCUUCUUCGCGGUAACUUACAAGUACAAGAACAAGGGAGCCGUGCAUGCAACUCUUGCUGCUUAGCUACAUGUACUAGUACUAGUACUAGUUGUGACAUACAUAAUUCAUUCGACAAAUUUAUCAUGAGGGAGCGUCAUCCGAUAGUUUAUCAGAUCUAAAAUAGUGCUUUCCCUCAACUAGGAUUUAUGAUGCAAAUUAAACUUGUCUUAUAUUGAUUCCCAUCUGUAUCUGUUGGGAGGGCUAUACAAUGAUGCUUUAAGCCA